UUUUUUUAUUUCAUUGUAAAAAUUAAUUAUUUAGCUAGAAAAUUCAAAAAUAAAAUUCCCUCCUUUUUUGAAAAAUCCACAUUUUUUUGUCCGCAAAAUUUAUUUUGGCUCUUGUCCAAUCAACCUUUACACGUCCAAUGGGAAGUUUAAGCGUCCAAACAAGUUUUUAUGAGUCCGGUAUCAUGUUGUAAAUUCAUCUAUUCCCCACCAACAACAUUAUCUUCAUUACACGAUUUUGGUUCUUCUUCCCAUUUAUUUUCCCCUUUUUUGGCUAUGGCCGAACCCGAACCUUUGGGUUUAUGGCCAGGUUUGGCUAUUGGCUCUUUACUUUUUGUGCUUAUACUUUUGUGUGUUCUCGGGAAUUUGUUGGUUAUUUUGGCUAUUUUGAUAGAAAGGGAUUUGAGGUCUAGGCCCCAAUAUUAUUUGAUAUUUUCUUUGGCUGUGGCUGAUUUAAUGGUUGGUCUUUUAAUUACUCCUCUUGGUGCUUGGACAACUUUAAGGCAAAAAUGGGAGAUGGGUGUUACUGUCUGUGAUUUUUGGAUUAGUGUAGAUGUAUUGGUUUGUACUUCUUCAAUUCUUCAUUUGGUAGCUAUAGCUUUAGAUCGUUAUUGGUCUAUAACAAAUAUUUAUUAUACUCAAAAUCGAACUCCACAACGAAUAUUUACAAUGUUAUUUGUUAUUUGGGUAUUCUCUUUGCUUAUUUCUUUAGCACCACAAUUUAAAUUUUUACAUUUGAAAGAUAAAGGCUUUGUUUCUCGUGUUGAAAAUCAAAAAAUUUGUCUUAUUUCACAGGAUAUUGCUUAUCAGGUAUUUUCAACUUCAACUGCCUUCUAUAUUCCUCUUUGUGCCAUAAUAAUUAUUUACUACAAAAUUAUGAGAGCCGCCAAAAAGCGUUUUCGACGUGAAAGAGAUAGAAGAACAUUAAAUAGAGGUGUGGUUGAUGAUUCUUCUGUGCCAUUAAAAACAAGUAAACAAAUGGAUUUUGAAGAACAAAAUUCUUCACCAACUACACAAAAAUAUACAGCUACAUCGGGUGAAAAAAACAACAAUAAUUAUCCGACGAAUUGUUCGCCUCCUAUUCUUAAUAAACAACAAAAUGGAAGACAGUUUUCGGAAAAUAAUAACAAGUCAAUCCAUGAAACUUCACCAAAAAACAGCAAUAAUAACAACAAUCCAUCAGAAGAAUUUUACCAAAAUAAAGAAAAAACAAAAAAGCUUUAUUCAAACAUAGCAAGUCUAGAUAUAGAAGAAACAGAAUUUAAGGCAAACGAAAAUUUAAAAAAUGGAAUAAAUAAUAAAGGAGAAGAAUCUAAACAACAAUUAAUUAAUUUUCCAAAACAUUUAAAAAAUAUUGCAGAGAAGGGAAGGAAAAAAAGAAGUGGGAAAAAAGAAUCUGUUGAGACUAGAAGGGAAAGAAAAGCUUGGAGGACGUUGGCUAUUAUUACUGGAACAUUCUUUUGUUGUUGGACUCCUUUCUUCGUUCUUUCCCUCUACCGUCCAUUCUGUAUAAAUUUAACUGGCGAAAGUGAAUGUAGACAUAUACCCCCUUUAAUGGAACAAAUAUUUAAUUGGCUAGGUUAUUUAAAUUCGGCAUUAAAUCCAAUUAUUUAUACAAUAUUUUCUCUUGAUUUUAGAAUGGCUUUUAAAAGAAUUUUAAAGAAGGCGCUAUUUUUUUCUAAACGAUAA